UACAUCAGCAGCAGCUUUAACUUCAGUCAAACCAAACAAGCUAUUUCAAUUACAUCGACAGUAUGAAACAAAGGUGUUUUAUCUUGCUGUACAUCACCUACGCCCUAGCAGAAUUUCAAAUAUUGGACUACACUACGCCCUAUAUUGUCACUAUUGACAAUGGAGCUGCUAAAAUCCAACAGGGCUCCUUCACAAUCAUUCAUUCAAUAGAUUUGGAAGAAUAUGGAAAAACUAUUUUUGACGCUCGAACCUUCAUUGAAGAAAACAUCCCAAAUAACCACAACCUUUCUCCUCCCCUUCUCCUCGAAUUAAAUCAAGCCAUCUCUGUUUUAGAAAAUAUAACACCAACAUCUUAUGAUAGAAAUAAGAGAUCAAUAAAUGCCAUAGGCACGAUCUGGAAAUAUAUUGCAGGAAGUCCUGAUCAUGAUGACUUCGAGAUAGUAACAAGCAAUAUGAAUGAUUUAAAUAAGAAUAAUAAUAAGCAAGUUUAUGUUAACGAGGAAUUUAAUAAAAGAAUAAACAAUCUAACCGAAAUAAUUAACAAAAUGUCAAAUAUAAUAAGAAAAGACGUCUAUUUAGAAAACGAAGUAGCUAUUAAUUUGCAAAAUAGAGUAAGGUUAGUUAAGGAAGAAAUAAUAAACAUCCAAAUUGGUAUUGAGUGGGCAAGACUUGGAAUAGUCAACCCAUUAAUAUUAGAUAAGAACGAAAUUAAAUUAGCCAUAGAUAAAGUCAAAGAAGAAAAUAUUGCUUUUGUAAGCCCAGAAGAGGCAUUAGAACUCGCCAACGUAUCAGUCUUGUACAACAACAAAAAAAAUAUUAUAUUUGGUAAAGAUACCGAUCACUACAAAAGAAACGUAUAGAAAUAAGAUCGUAAAACCUGUAAGACAAAAAUAAAAGUAUAAUUAAUGUAAAAUAUGAACAUAUUUUGAGAACAGAAAAACUACAUUAAGCAAUAAUAAAUCAAUGUAGAACAGUAAGCAAAUUAAUGAUUUGUAAAGAGAGCGACAUAAUAAAUAUAUCAAACAAUAAAUGUAUCCCUAAUCUAAUAGAAAGUCGCAAUUCCCCUUGCUCAACGAGCAACGAUCAUCACAUUGCUUUAAUUGAAGAAAUAGACGCGGGAGUAAUCCUCCUUAACGGUUUUAAUGGAAGAAUCUCAAUAGAUGAAACCAACCAUACCUUAAUAGGAACUUUCAUAAUAAAAUUUCAUAACAGCACGAUAAAAGUUAAUAACAGGACUUUCAUUAAUUUGGAGGCUUCCCCUCUUCAAGUUAUCCCAGCACUGACGCAACCAACCCCUUUUGAAAUUGACCACCUCGACCUGUUAUCACUCGAAGCUCUUAAUGAGCUACAAAUCAAUAACACACAAAUUAUUUCAACUAUUCAAAAACACUUAGAAAUCGAAGGAUGGUCAACCUCCGUAAUAAUUUGUUUGAUCAUAGUUUCAAUUGUG